AUUUUUCGAUCGUUAUUUUACGAUAAAUAUAUAUAAAUAUAUGUUGAUAAAUAUAUUUAUAUAUUUAUUUUAAUACAUAAAUAAAAAAAAUGACAACAAACAGCAAUGAAGUUACAGAAGAUAUGCAAGAUAAUAAACCGCAUUUUAUCGACACACCUGAGCACGAUCAUUCAAGAUGUCAUUCACCAAAGCAUGGUACAACAUUAUCAACGAGCACCAGUAGUUUUGAAGCAUUGGAUCCUCAUGAUCCCAACUUGAGUCGUUUAGCAACAACGAUGUUCGAAAAAACUGCUGAAUAUUUACAAGAUGAAUUAACAUCAACACACGCUGAUUAUCGAUUACUUGAGAGAUUGAAUAAAGAGACAAUAGCUAAGUACGCUGAAUUAAAAACAAUUUCUACUAAUGUAUCACAAUCAUUGGAUGCGUUAAAUCAAAAAUACAAAAAAUUACAGCCAGUUUUGGAUAAUAUUAAUCAAAUUGAUGACAGUGUUGCUAAGUUAGAGCAAGCUGCUUAUAAAUUAGCGGCUUAUUCUAAAAGAUUGGAAGCUAAAUUUAAAGAUCUUGAAAAAGAAACUCGAAGUAAAUAAAAUAAAAUUUAAAAAUUAAAUAUUUUUAUCUUAAAUAAUAUCUUUAAAGUAUUUAUGCUUGACAAAAGUCAUUAAAAAUUUUAAACGUCUACCUUCAGUAAAGUAUUAACAUAAAUAAACAGUCGACAAAAUAUUCUCAUAAGAAUUAGUGGAACAAAAAACAAUUGGGACAUUAUUUAGAGUUACAGAUCCGUAAUUACAUCGAGUGUAUUUAAUUAAGUGAAUAUAUGAUUAAUUAGAGUGAAUAAAUCUGAAAAUUUUAAUUAAAAAAAAUCUCAUCUAUAAUUUAGUCACCUACCAGGCUAUUAUCAACAAAACAACCAUAAUUUUAUUCAACUAAACUGUUUGAUUAAUGUGAUGCAUUAAUUAUGAUAAUGCAUUACAUCUCCGAAGU